AUGCUCUACUUGGAUGGGAAGCUGGUUGUGGACAACGACGGCUGCCACGGGCCGUUGGAGAAGUCCAGCAUCGAGAAGUUCCUCAGCCCAGGUGCCCACAAGCUCAAGGUGGAGAUGUGCGAGAGGGGCGGGGGCGAGACCCUGAAGCUGCAGUACAGCGGCCCGGACACCGGCAACUCCAAGGUCAAGAUCCCGAAGAGCGCCCUGAAGCAUGCGAAGGCGGGGAAGCACGUCCUCGAGGGAGAUUCCUAUGCCAAGGGGCCAUUGGUUGCCAAUGAGGGUCCAGGCGUGGGUGACUUGCUGGGCGGCCAGAGCAUGGACGCGUGCAACCAGAUGUGUGACAGAAUCAGCACCUGCUACAGCUACGCGCUCUGUGGAGACAACUGCCACUUCAAGAACAGGUUUGUGGAGCCCUGGGAUCCCAGGAGCACCAAGGAUUGCAGAUCAGUUUACAAGGCGAGAAAGGAGGCCUUCAUGUUAAACCCUGGUGACGUGGUCGCGCUGCACAACCAGCACUUCAACAGAUUUGUAAGCCUGAAAAAGAAAGAUGGCAAGCUGGGCUUGUAUGUCAGCCCUCAGUGGCCAGUCGUGGACUUGAAAGACACUGCGGAGGCCGAGCGGUUUGUGGUGAUGGAUGCUGGGAAUGGCGAGGUGGCGCUCUACAACAAACACUACAAGCGCUUCAUCACCAUGGGCUCUGGUGUUGUAUCCGUCAGCAGCGAAACCAACGACGUACCCCCUGGGGGGGUUGCCAACCUUCUGCCCGUCGCCGACCUCGAUGGCUACGUCGGCUUCUACAGCCACCAAACAGGCAUGUUCCUGCAGAUGUCCGACCAGCAGGUUAUGAAGGUCAAAAAGGUCGCCCCGGACCAGUUUGCCACCUCGAAUCGACACCACUACACGUGGGUGAAGUUCCAGGUGCUGAAGGCCCCACCACCAAGCUUCGGAAGCGGCCUGACAUCUGCCAUGCAGGUCCGCUGCUCGAUCUAUGGCGACUUCGGGGAGGAGCUUGCGCCUGUUCGGACCGGCCUGACGAUUGACAUCAAGGACAACGUCUGCUGGGAGAAGAAGAAGGUCAAGGCAGCGGUUACGCGUGAGGACAAGGGCCUUCCAGAGGAGAAAUGUCUCAGCAAGUGCCGCAUGGACAAGACCUGCUCUCACUUCUGGUGGACGGCCGACUCCUGCAAGCAGUACGCCCUUCGAUCUUCCGGGGCCGAUGUCACCGUCUGGGUCAAAGUGCCGGACUGCGGGCAGGCCGCCGCCUGCAUGGAAGUGGGCGGCAGCCAGGAUUACCGCACGUCAGGCCUCUACUGCCCUCUGGGCCAAGACUCCCACGGCCGGGUCUUCUACCAGAAGAAGGCCCCGACCCUGGAGGAUUCGUUUUACAUGGCGAAGUACCCAUCCGACCAUGGCAAGUGCAGCACAUCAGAGUGGGUGGUCCAAUCGCCGUCCAGCAGCGACUACCUGAAACCCGAUGUUGGCUACUACGAGCUGCGGGGCCCAGUCCAGAGCUGCGUGCCGUCCGCGGACGUCCAGGUUGCCGCCCGGGGGUGCGCGAAGCCGCAGGCCUUUGGCCCGCCAGAGGAGGGCCUGCCAGCCUUCGUCAUCGAUGACCCCAGCACCGAGGCUCCCGAGGACUUCUGGCUUCACCCCUGCGAUUGCGCCCCAGAGGCGUGGGGGGCCGACCUCCCCAUGAACCCGAAAACCUUCGAAACCAUCCCCUCGGGCAGCAGCAACCAGUACAUCCCAGCCCCAUAUCUCAUCGUGGAAGGCCAGUUCGCGUGCCCAACGAGGCAGCUCCGGGGUUUGCACCGGGAGACGGAGACGGAGGUCAUGGAGAAGGCGGACUGUGAGGCCAUUUGCCGCAUGGACGAGCACUGCCACCUGUUUUGGCACGGCCAGCAGCACGGCGCCAGCGUCUGCCGCAUCUUCAGCGGCUGUGACAGCUUGGUCCGUGAGCUCGGGAUCGAGGGCGCCCUCAUGGCCAUGCCGAAGAGAAAGCUCUGCCAGGUGGUGGAUGCCGUGACGUGCUGGCAAACCACGCUGCGUCGCGACUAUCUGACACGGGAGCAUCAAGUCCUGAAGCCUGGCGACACCGUCGGACUCUACAACGAGCACUCGAAGCAGUUUGUGAGCCGCUCGGGUGGAGAGAAGAAGCAAGUUGCUUGA